UAAAGAAAUGUCAAAACUCAAAACACGACAUGAUUAUAUGUAACCUAAAAGUGGUGUGAAAAUAAAAAAUACCAAUAUUUAAAAGCUGCAAUAAUUUGACUAACCAUUUAGACUAUAUCAUUUAAGAUACUAAGAAUACGUGAGAUAUAAGGUUAGUAAAAUGCCUGGACCAGAUUUACUUUCAAGUCAAGGAUUGAGAUUAGAUGGAAGGCGCCCAAAUGAACUCCGUCGCAUAAGAUGUAAACUUGGUGUAUUUACACAACCAGACGGUAGUGCCUACUUGGAGCAAGGCAAUACCAAAGUUUUAGCGGCAGUAUAUGGUCCUCAUCAGGCGAGCAAAUCAAAAACAUCAACAGAAGGUGUUGUUGUAAACUGUCAGUACAGCAUGGCAACAUUCUCUACAGGCGAACGAAAGAACCGACCUAGAGGUGAUAGAAAAUCACAAGAAAUGUCUCUACACUUGAGACAGUCAUUCACAGCAGCAAUCAAAACAGAACUCUAUCCUCGUUCACAAAUUGAUAUUUAUAUAGAAGUUUUACAGGCAGAUGGUGGUGCAUACUGUGCGUCAGUAAACGCGGGUACACUUGCACUGAUUGACGCAGGCAUCCCGCUGAAAGCGUAUGUUUGCGCGUGCACCGCCUCUAUGGCUUGGCAGGGCAGCGAGCCCGAGCCGUUAGUUGAUGUCGGACAUGUGGAGGAGGCGGCCGGUGGUGUCUGUCUUACUGUAUCCAGUUUACCUUCCACAGGCAAUGUAGCAUUAUUGGAACUGUCGCACAAGCUGCACAUGGACUACUAUGACAUAGUGAUGAGCAGAGCUAUGCAGGGCUGUAGAGAUAUUGAGGUAAUUUUGGAUCGCGCUGUAAGGGAACACUUAGCAGAAGGAUGGACAAAGCUAGAUACAAUAACAAUAUAAAUGUUUAAUUUACAUUUUUCUAUCAAUCGUAACAAACCUCUUUUGAUAAUUUUGACCCCACAAAUAUUUCGGAAAAGCUAACAUUUAGUUUUAGUUAGUGCUGACGCGUUAUUUUUUUUACAAAUUUCGUUUUUCUAAUGUAAAAAAUUGUAGAGAGUACCUUGGUCCAAUCCGGUCCAGUCUGUUUCUUAUGCAAUAGCUAGAAGUCGAUCAUUGCAAUUUGUUCUUAAAUUAUUAAAGUUGUUAGACAUCGCAGUGGAUAAAGAAGGUGUAUGAAAUAAAAAA